AAUAAACCUGACUCCCCAGAGUCUGGCCUCCUCCUCCUCCUCCUCCCCUCCGCCUUCCCCUCUGCUUUUCCUCCGCCUGUCUCCUCGCCAUGUCUCUGUCCUAGAUCCGGAUUCGCAGAGCUCCAAAUAACGCCCUCGCCACUCAUCCACCCUCGUCCGCUUCUGUUGCCUUAACAAAGCCUUCUUAGCCACGGUCCUCCCAGCCUUAGAGCUUCCGAUUCAUGUUUUGAAUGUGGUCAAUCGCAAUCGUCCAGCCGUAUCCUUCGUUUUUAGCUAGAGCAUCUUUUCUGGUCGCUUAUACUCCGAAUUUCCUAUUUUCAAAUUUCCCUAGAUAUCCGGGCGGGGAAAAGCGAAGCGUUUCAACAAGGAGCCCGUCAUGAGAGGCUCCUCCCUGCUCCCUCGUCGUUUUCGCGAGGUCACCUCUGCCGAUUCUGCGGAUGCUGGAUGGAUGAAUCGCCAUGUGACGAAGCUGCUGCAGGUGGUUUCGCGUCGAGCUUGCUUCCAUCCUAUCCAUACGAUCGUCGUCAUUGCUCUGCUCGCGAGUACUACAUACGUGGGUUUGCUGGAUGGUACAUUAUUUGAUUCUGUGAAGCAAGCAAAUUAUAGUCCCGGCUACCUCGAUGUCGAUACGCUUCUUGCGGGUGGAAGAAACCUACGACUUGGCCAGCAGACGGGCUGGAGAUGGCAAGUCGACGAUACGUUCAAGCUGGGAGACAGUGACGCUGCACGACAUCUAGCCUUGACCACUUUCGUUUUCCCUGACUCUUCGGCCCGUUCGCCUCAGAUAGCUCCGCUGGCGGAGAAUGUGCCGCUCCCUCCCAAUUCCUCAGCCCGCUCGGUUCCACAUACCCCUAGCCUCCUGGCUCCAAUCUCGCAGGAUUCUUCUCUUGCUUUCGCGGUCCCUUACGAUGAAAUAUCUCCCUUCCUUCAAGCUGUACGAGAGAUCCCUGACUCAUCCGGUCUGAAAGAUGGAACGGAGCAAAAGAGAUGGAUAAUGAAGGCCGCUCGCAGCCCAGUGUCUGGCUCGCGCGCCGCUUUGCGAAUUUGGCUGACCGAAGCCUGGACGUCCUUUAUUGACCUAUUAAAGCAUGCGGAAACGAUUGACAUACUUAUCAUGGUUCUGGGAUACCUCUCCAUGCAUCUUACCUUUGUGUCUUUGUUUCUGUCUAUGAGACGACUUGGAUCCAAAUCCUGGCUUGCUGCCACGGUACUCAUUUCUGGCGGGUUCGCUUUCCUGUUCGGCUUACUCGUCACUACCAAGCUCGGUGUUCCGAUCAAUAUGGUGCUGCUUUCUGAGGGGCUGCCAUUCCUUGUUGUUACAAUUGGAUUUGAGAAGCCGAUUAUCCUCACCAAAGCUGUACUUUCGGCAUCUUUGGGAGGCUCCAGCCAAAGCGCUGCGGGUCAAGGGAGUGAUGCUCGAAAGGCUCCUCCUGUCCGAUCCAUCCAAGACGCGAUCCAACAUGCUGUUAAGAACAAAGGCUUUGAGAUCGUUAGAGAUUAUUGCAUAGAGAUCGGUAUUUUGGUGAUCGGUGCUGCUUCUGGCGUCCAAGGAGGCCUUCGACAGUUCUGCUUUCUCGCUGCCUGGAUUUUAUUUUUUGACUGCGCGCUGCUGUUCACAUUUUACACUACAAUCCUUUGCAUCAAGCUUGAGAUUAACCGAAUUAAACGCCAUGUGGCACUUCGAAAAGCCCUUGAAGAAGAUGGAAUUACUCGUCGCGUUGCAGAAAAUGUCGCUUCGAGCAACGAUUGGCCAAGGGUGAAUGGAGGAGAGAACGGCCAAGGCUCAAACGUGAGCUCCAGUGGUAUUUUCGGCAAAAAAGUCAGGGCGAGUAGUGUCCCCAAGUUUAAGUUCCUCAUGGUUGGAGGCUUUGUGUUGGUCAAUGUCCUCAAUCUAUGCACCAUUCCCUUCCGCAGCCGACAGGAUGGCCAGAUUAUGCCAGCAUUGGCAAAGUUGUCCAACGUCCUAGCACCGGCGCCGAUCGACCCAUUCAAAGUCGCUGAAAAUGGCCUCGAUGCGAUCUAUGUGAACGCAAAGAGCCAGGGGUUAGAGACAGUAGUUACGGUUCUGCCGCCCAUCAAGUAUAAGCUCGAGUACCCGUCUGUUCACUAUGCAGAGCCCGAUACUAGUGUGUUCGAUAUUGAGUAUACAGACGUCGUUGGUGGUAGGGUUAUCGAGAGUCUCCUAAAGAGCUUGGACGACCCCAUAAUCAGCAAAUGGAUCAUUGCCGCGCUGACCUUGAGCUUGGUUUUGAAUGGCUAUCUCUUCAACGCCGCACGCUGGAGCAUAAAAGAGCCUGAAACAGAGAAAGAACCCGAGAAACAACAACCUGAACCUCUCCCCAAGCCAGUUGUGGUCAGACAACCAGUUGUGAAGGCAGACGGCUCGGUCAGGACCCGUGAAGAAUGCGAACAAAUGCUGAAAGACAAGCUUGCUUACCUUUUGGAUGAUGAAGAGCUUAUUGACCUGUCAAUUCGAGGCAAGAUUCCCGGAUAUGCUCUUGAAAAGACUAUGGAGUGUGAAGGCAUGAGCCGCACAGAUGCGUUCACAAGAGCUGUUAAGAUUCGAAGAGCGGUUGUGUCAAGAAACGCGAGUACCUCAGCCACGACCGGAUCCCUUGAAUAUUCCAAGGUUCCUUACCAGCAUUACAAUUACUCUCUUGUCCACGGUGCUUGCUGCGAAAACGUCAUUGGUUAUCUCCCUCUCCCGCUAGGAGUUGCAGGACCCUUGACCAUUGAUGGCCAGAGCUUCUUCAUUCCUAUGGCAACAACAGAGGGUGUCCUUAUAGCUAGUACGAGCCGCGGAUGCAAGGCCAUCAAUGCCGGAGGCGGUGCAGUUACUGUUAUCACCGGUGACGGUAUGACCAGAGGACCGUGCGUGGGCUUCCCAAGUCUUGCUCGUGCGGGCGCUGCCAAAGUCUGGCUUGACUCAGAGGAAGGACAAACCGUCAUGAAGAAUGCAUUCAAUUCAACGAGUCGCUUUGCAAGACUCCAGUCUAUGAAGACUGCUCUUGCUGGAACUUACCUGUAUAUCCGAUUCAAGACGACAACCGGCGAUGCCAUGGGUAUGAACAUGAUCUCGAAAGGUGUUGAGAAGGCCCUUCAUGUCAUGGCCACGGAAGCUGGGUUCGAGGAUAUGGCCACCAUCUCCGUGUCCGGAAAUUUCUGCACGGAUAAGAAGCCCGCGGCUGUCAACUGGAUCGAUGGUCGAGGCAAGUCUGUUGUCGCAGAAGCCGUCAUCCCAGGAGACGUUGUGAAGAGCGUCUUAAAGAGCAACGUCGAUGCCUUGGUCGAGCUUAAUAUCAGCAAGAACUUGAUCGGAAGCGCCAUGGCUGGCAGCGUUGGUGGGUUCAACGCUCAUGCUUCCAACAUCGUCACGGCAUUGUUCCUCGCCACCGGUCAAGACCCGGCUCAGAAUGUGGAGAGUAGCAAUUGUAUCACUAUUAUGAAGAACGUGAACGGUAAUCUUCACAUCAGCGUUUCCAUGCCGUCCAUCGAAGUCGGCACGAUCGGAGGCGGUACCAUCCUCGAAGCACAAUCCGCGAUGCUCGAACUCCUGGGUGUGCGUGGCUCUCACCCAACUACCCCUGGUGACAACGCUCGUCGUCUCGCACGCAUCGUGGGUGCCGCUGUGCUUGCCGGAGAGCUCAGUCUCUGCAGCGCCCUUGCCGCAGGACACCUGGUCAGGGCACACAUGGCUCACAACCGGGCAGCUCCUCCACCGACACGGUCGAUGACCCCCGUUUCGGCCGCCGUGGCUACGACGUUGACGGAUAAAAAAUGAUGACGAGGAUAUUAUGCCUUUUUCCUUUUUUUUCUUUCUUUUCCUUUUCUAGUUGUUUUUCUCUAUCUCCCGGAGUUUCUUGUUCUGGGGUUUGAUGCGUGGUGCGAUAUUCGGUUGUGCUCCCACAUACCCCUUUAGAGGUUUUAUAAUAUAAGAUAUACUGGUUUCUGCUACCAUGAGCAAGUGUAUAUAAGAUGGAAAAAAAGAGGCAGAUGUAAUGUUUAGCAUUGAGAACAGUGUCAACUUUUAGGAUGAGACAAAUACAUGGAG